AUGGCAUCCGAGAAAACAAUCGAAAUCGCCAUCGAUAUGGAGGAGGGCGAGCCGCUCGGCGCGGUUCCCAACGAUAAGCUCGUCAUCACAAAAAUUCAAAGCGGCACAAUUGCCGACGGAAAACUUCGUAUUGGUGAUCAAGUGAAGAAGGUGAAUGGAACCGAGUGCAAGAACAUGAACGAUUUCUUCCGGGCGCUUCGCUUCGCCGCGCCCGUCGCUCGCCUCACGGUGGUUCGCGACGAGAAGAAGGCCGAAGAGCUCGAGGCUCGCGUGCACAUUCCCGAGGAUCGCGCCAAAAUCAUUCAGCGUCGCGAGGGCUACAUCUAUGAGAUGGCGACUCUCACAUGGGUUCAGAACGGACCAAAACUCGGUUUGGGCAUCAAGCAUUUUCAGAAUCGCGUGCUCGUCUCUCGCGUCGAUCCAGGAUCGCUCGCCGAGAAAUGCCUCGUCGUCGGCGAUCAUUUGUGCGACGUCGACGGUGUUCCCGUCACCGACAAGGACGUCGCCAGAGAUUUGCUCGUCAAAAACAUUCAAGAGCGCGGCAAAGUCACGUUCGUCGUCGAGAGACCCGAUUCGAUCGAGGCGAAACAAUGGGCGAAGAACGCGCUCGCCACGAAUCUCAUGCAGCCGCCGUCGGUGCAGAUGAACGAGGAUGUUCGCAAUAUUGCGUCGGCGUAUCGCGCCGCGUUGAAGACGUUGAAGCCGCCGGCGAAGAGCGCCAUGACUCAGGGAGCCACCGGAGCCAAACGAGUCCAAAUCGUCGAUUCGACGAGCAGCCACGAGAUCGGACACGAUCACGAAGGAAAAGCCCUUCGCAAAGUCAAAUGA